AUGUCAGUAGAUAAGAAUACACCUUCGAUCAAAAGCAUAUCGAUAACAGCAACAAACGAAAAAGCUGAUAAACCGGCGCUAUUGAAAAAUUUCAAAUGGUUGUCACUGUUCGGCAUUGCUUUUUCGUUAACAAAUUCAUGGCUGGGAGUUUCCUCUUCACUUGUUGUGGGACUAUCCAGCGGAGGUCCAGUUUUGAUUGUGUACGGAUUAAUAGUUGCCGUUUUCUUCGCAUUUAUGUGCGGAUACUCAUUGUCUGAGUUUGCAUCUGUACUACCCAGCAGCAGUGGAAGUAGUUUUUGGGUUCUUAAACUUAUGGAAGAUGCUGAUGAGAAUGAAACAGAAGGGUCUCAGGAUCAAAUAUAUAGCGAUGACAAGGACCAAGUGCUUAAGCUGUAUAAUGAGAACACUGUACAAAGCGUGUCUUCAGUCUCUCAAGCUAGAGUCUCUCUCACUGUGGGUCUUAUUAAUUAUUUCGGAUCAAUUUUCACAACAUCCAGUAUUUGUUCAUCUCUCGGAUACAGUGUCCUAGGAGCGUACUCCCUAUACCAUGUCGAUUAUGAACCUAAAAACUGGCACGUCUUCGUCAUUUACGAAGUCUUCAACAUCAUUAUGUGUGUUAUGAAUUCUUGGGGAAAAAUACUACCAUUUAUUUCUCAAGCAGGACUGUACUGUUCAUUAUUGACAUACUGCCUCACAUUUAUUAUAACAUUGGCUUGUCGUUCUUCUCAAAGUCAGCCAUGGCCUGCGGCGGAAUCCAUUUUCAAAGAUUUUAAUAAUACAACAGGGUGGAGUUCAAGUGGGAUUUCUUUUAUCGUUGGGCUUGUUAAUCCGUUAUGGGCUUUUGCUGGUAUUGACUCUGCAACACAUAUGGUUGAUGAGGUCGGUCACGUUGCAGCGCUCUCUCUAGUUCCUAAAGCGAUAAUGGCAACGAUUUUUGUUGGCUUCAUCACAAGUUUCAGUUAUGCAAUUGCGAUGUUCUUCUGCAUCACAGAUUCAGAUAGAGUGGUGGGCUCAAUUCUUCCAAUCAUAGAAAUAUAUUAUCAGGCCACCGAGAAUAGAGCACUGGCAGUCUUUUUACAAAGUUGCUGUAUCUUAACGGGUACAUUAUGUGGGGUUGCCAGUGGCACUUGGCAAUCAAGAAUUUUGUGGAGUAUUGGCCGGGAUUAUAGUGUAAUCAUAGAAAAAUUUUCCGAUAAAGAAGAGCCAUCUUUGGUGCAACGCUUAUUCAAUUUAUUUGCUUUCAUUCACCCUUGCUUGAGGGUUCCUAUUUGGUCUAUGCUGAUAUCUCAUUUCUUUGUUGCUGCUAUAGGAUGUGUCAUAAUAGGAUCAACAACUGCCUUUAAUGCUAUAAUUUCUGCUUGCAUUUGCCUCUUGCUAUUAUCCUAUGCUAUUCCAACGCUUAUUUUGCUAAUCAAAGGGAAAAGACGCUUUUACCAGAAAGUAUCAAACCAGCUUGAUCUACCAUUCACCAGGAGACUGCGCUGUAGCAUCCUAAGCUACAUACCGAAUCUAUUGACCAUCUGUUGGACAAUAUUUAGUUUCAUCUUUUUCUCUUUUCCCUAUGAACUUCCAGUCUCCUCCAGUAACAUGAACUAUGUUUCGGCUGCAUAUGGAGGAGUUGCACUGGUGGUCUGCAGUGUUGUGAUAUGGGCAUUUUGA